CGCUUCGUAGUACAGGCCUCUGAUGAGUUCACCUUUAAAGUAGACAGCAUGAGAAUAUGUUCUGCAUCUUGGGUGAUCGGAUCACAAGUGGACAGCUCUAACAUGUUAGUUCACACCUGUGAACUAACAUGUUCGCACCACUUGUGCUCCGAUCUCAUUUCCCCGCUCUAUAUGCAAAUAAACACGUAACCUACAUCAUUUCCGUUCGCGAAGACCAAAUACAUUGUUGUUUUAACUGGCGGGAGACGGCAGUAGUAAUAGCCUAUCCUUCAAAUUCGUGAAUUUAGGUACAUUUUAUGUACCUACAUAGGUACAUUUUAUGUACCUAAAAACAUAAGAUUAUUGUCUACCGGCGGCCCUCGGGGACCACCAGACCAGGCAACAGCAGCUCUGUGCAGCGCACCGCAACAAAAACACUGACACAUUACCGACAGUAUGUUAAUAAUGCACUUCCUGUGCCUAGUCCUAUAGCCUGUACAUAAGAUAUAUAGUAUUUUAAUAAAAUACAGUUGUACCGACAGAAUACAAUAGAACACAGAAGCCGUUUAUUCACAUGAGGAGCACAGUGAGACCCCGUGGAUCCAAUCGUAAGAGCUGUCCACUUGUGAUCGGAUCACCCAGGACGCAUGUUAAUACCAGGUCCUCUGUCUCUCCUAUUUCUGUCUGUCUGUCUGUCCUCUUCAGUUUUGAGCUUCCUCAGAGUGCCUCUGUCUGUCUCAUAAUGUGGUUUCAGUCUGCCAGCUGAUUGGUUGAUUGGUUGCAGCAUUCUGCAGCAUGUGAUUGGCUGAUUAAUGGCUGAACGCUGCAUGUGAUGUCAUGUGAGGAGGAAACUGCCGUCAGCCGCAUUUAAUCAGUGUGUGUGUUUGUGAGUGUGUUUGUGAGUGAGUGAGUGUGUGUGUGUGUGUGUGUUUGUGAGUGUAUGUGUGUGCGUGUGUGUGUGUUUGUGAGUGUGUGUGUGUCCUCUCCCCCUGAGGAUGUCACGGCUCUGUCAGUAUAAAUGAGCAGCAGACAGCUCGUGUCUGACAGACAGACAGGCGUCAUGUGGUGUCGAGGUUUCCUGCAGCAGACGGUCAGAUCCAUGUCGACCAGCCGUCAGGCGGGCGUCCUCUUCGACGUGGACGGCGUCCUGCUUCGCGGCGGCUCGUUGAUUCCGGCAGCUCGUCGAGCUUUCCGAAAGCUUGUGGACCGAAACAACAACUUCCUGUUUCCUGUCAUCUUCGUCACAAAUGCGGGAAGCUGUCAAAGACAGCACAAGGCCCAGCAGCUGUCUCACCUGUUGGAGGUCCAGAUCGCCCCGGAGCAGGUGGUCCUUUCCCACAGUCCUUUGCGAAUGUUGAAGAGUUUUCAUGAUAAAUGUGUGCUGGUGUCUGGACAGGGACCAGUGACAGACAUCGCCAACACUUUGGGUUUCCAGAAGGUCGUGAGCGUCGAGCAGCUCAGAGAACAUUUCCCCCUGCUGGACAUGGUGGACCACAACAGGAGACCCAAGCUAUCUUCGUCUCUUCUGAAGACUCUUCCUAAAAUAGAAGCGAUCAUCCUGUUCGGAGAGCCAAUAAGAUGGGAGACCAACCUGCAGCUACUGAUUGACGUGCUCCUGACCAAUGGGAAUCCAGGUGGCAUGUAUGAUCCUCAGGUGCCGGCCCAGCUGCCGGUUCUUGCCUGUAACAUGGACCUGAUGUGGAUGGCCGAGGCCCCUUCACCACGGUUUGGUCACGGGAUGUUCAUGCUGUGUCUGGAGUCCGUCUACAGGAAGCUGACGGGUCGAGAGCUUCAGUACCAGGCGCUGCUGGGAAAACCCAGUCUGCUGACAUACCAGUAUGCCGAGCACCUGCUGAGACUGCAGAACCAAGACCACAAGCUAACCACUAUCUAUGCCGUAGGUGACAACCUGAUGACGGAUAUCUACGGUGCUAACCUGUACAACCGCUACCUGGGUCAGCAGCAUGCUGCCAUGACGACCACCUCCAAGCUUGUUGCCCAGGGAACGGGGAGUACGGUGACGAUGGCUGUGCCGGAGGAGGAGUUGGUGUCUGCUGCUGCUCAGUGUCGCUCCAUACUGGUGUGCACAGGUGUCUAUAACCCUGGCUCCCCGUUGCCUAGCGACCGGAGCAAUGCCAUCACAGAGACGGUGUUCCACGGUCACAGAGAUCUGGUGCUCGAGCCAGACCUGGUGGAGCCGAAUCACGUGGUGGAGGACGUGGAGGCUGCAGUCGACCUACUGCUGCAGCAGGAGACCUCUGUUGCCUCCAACACCUGACCUCUGACCUCUGGAUGGGCCGCUACUACCUGCAAGAUGAGGGUCACGUGACCUUUGAAGACAUCUUAAAGGAACAGUGUUUCAAAUUUCGGGGAUCUAUUAGCAGAAAUGGAAUAUCAUAUUUCAUAACUGUGUUUUCAUUAGUGUAUAAACCUGAAACUAAGAAAUGUUUGUGUUUGCGUUAGCUUAGAAUAGCCGUUAAUAUCUACAUAGGUAGCGGGUCCUCUGGAGUCCGCCAUGUUGCUCCACCAUGUUUCUACAGUACCACAGUAGCUCUAGUGAGAACCUUUUGCAUUUUAACAUUACCUGAAAGCCAGCGUAGUUCUCCGACACGCUUUUGAAACUGCAGUAGUGUCUGACAUCUGUUGCUCCUAAAGUAGUGUUAUUAUGGUAAGGAUGGCCCCUGAGCGAGGUGAACAGCGUUACUAUGGUUUUGCACCUAGAGGCUCAGGUUACAGCAGUCUUGGAAAGGGAGGAGUGAGCAGAGGGGUUCUCAGUAGGUUGCAAUCUGCAACCACACCACUAGAUGUUGUCAAGUCCUAAACACUGUACCUUUAAGGCAACAGAUAAUUUUCUGUAGGGUUGUUAGCUGGUCCAAAGAACAUAUUGCUAAGACGUGAAAGUCAAUUAUAUGUUCCAUUGCAACACCAGCGGCCAGCAGCAGACCUACGCCUCCGCCAUUUUGGACUGUAAUCAAGUUGACUACCAUAAUGACGCUAGUUAAACGUCCGCCUACAAACAGCCAUACAAAAGUAAAAAAAAUUAUAUCUAUUCUAUUGUCAUAAUUUUAAUGUGUCUGCCGAAAUGGCCUGUGUAAGCAAUACAAACAUUAUAAAUA